AUGUUCCAGCGGUACUUUGGUCUCUAUCCCCUGGAGCAGCGUAUACAGGACAAGAAACGCGGCGUAGGCGUGCAGAAGCAUCCCAUCGUGUGCUACGUGCUGAGUGCAGCAAUGCUCGGCGUGCUCAUAUUUGAGCUUGUGACAAAUUCGAAGGCGCAGGGCUCACCGUUCUCGUUCAAGGCAAGACCCUCCUCGUCUGCGCUCAUCCAAAUGGGCGCGCGAUUCCCUCCUUGCAUGAAGAACGUGACAGACGUCCCCAUCACUACGCUUCUUCCUUGUUUGAACGACACUGCGAAUCCUGCGACAGAGCUCUGCUCGCUUGAGAACAUCUGCGGGUUUGGCGGGUUCCACGAUGAGACUCCCGAUCAGUGGUUUAGGUUCAUCACGCCCAUAUUCCUCCACGCCGGCCUCAUCCAUUAUUUGCUCAACAUGCUCGCUCAGCUCACGGCGUCCGCGCAGAUUGAACGAGAAAUGGGUUCCCUUCCCUUCCUAAUACUGUACUCAGCGGCAGGUAUCUUCGGAAACGUCCUGGGUGGUAACUUUGCAUUGCUUGGUUCACCAUCGGUCGGUGCUAGCGGAGCGAUUUUCGGCACUAUCGCGGUUGCAUGGAUAGAUUUGUUCGCACACUGGAGGUACACAUUCCGACCUGGUCGGAAGCUUGCAUUCAUGAUCGUCGAGCUGGUCAUCGGUGUUGCUAUUGGAUUCAUUCCUUCUCAUCUCGGCGGUCUUGCCAUGGGUCUCUUAGUAGCGAUGGCGCUCUAUCCUAUCAUCAGCCCGUCGAACCGUCACCGAAUCAUCGUCAUUGUGCUGAGGCUCAUCGCCGUUCCGUUGGCCAUCGUGAUGAUGGUAGUGCUAAUUCGCAACUUCUACAAGUCGGAUCCCUCUGCGGCAUGCUCUUGGUGUCGCUACCUCUCUUGUAUACCCACGAGCUCUAACAACCACUGCAAAGGGUGA